GAUUUCUUAAAGGUUUUAAUCGGAAGUAGCUUCCUUGCCGCAGUUCAGCGAUCCACGCUGAGGCUGAGAGGCAGUCUGUGGAUCCUAAGAUGAUCAACAGCCAAGGAUCAGAAGUGUCAAUGAAGAAACCAAAGCCAACUACUUAUUCACGUUUACGUCGUAAUACUAAGUGACCGUCGAUCAUCAUGGUGUUCAUCAAACACAUUGGAAUUGACUAAUUCAUUGUUCUUUUCAUUGCCUAACCAAAGAUUAAAUCCUAUUUACACCACUUAAGUGAUGUAGGUUAAACAGAAUGAGUAUAAUUUACAAAAAAAACAUAACGUAACCCAUAUGCUGGUGUGUUUUGGCAUAAUACAAAGCUGUCCAUGACUCAAUUGAACCCCAUUCUUGGAAAACAACAUGCCAGUUAGCAACUAGUAGCAGAUCGAGUGGUCAAGACGCCGCUGGGUGUCUGUUUCCGAUUUAUGCCUUACUUCAGCUUUUAAUAGUGAUUUGAUAUUCUAGGAGUUAUUUGUCACAUCUCUGAAGCUCCCCAAAAUAAAUCUGUAGGUCUCCUGAAGGCGGGCUGAAGCACAGGCAGGACUUGGAGGUGUUGCUCUGAUUCGCAUGUCAUGUCAAUGUGUGCACUACUGCUGAUGUCCCAGGCAGCCUGCAGGCUCAACAAACUCCCACGAGUUUCCUCUGCAGGCAGACGUAGCCGACCCACGUCUGCCCUCUGGGCUCUGCACACUUUGCAGGGCAAGCAAACCUGUUGCAGAAUGUCUGGAGUGUUUUAUGGCUUCUGAGCUACUUUUGCAGGGACACCAAGUCACUUGUGGAGGGCAGUAUCACCAAAUACUUGGAGUCAUCUGCCUGUUUCAGGAGGGCGCUCACUGACGCUAAUAUGCCAGCUGAACUCUGUUUUGACCCUUCAAAAGCUUUACAGCAAGACUGUCCUACAAAGGAGAGGAAGACUUUGGAAGUCACGACAGAAUCGAGCAUGAUUUCUGCAGAACAGAAAACAUCUGAUGAUUCUGCAAUGCACCAGACUGUUUCUGGAUUAAUGCAGCCUGAUGGAAAUUAUAUUAAAAAUGGACAGCUGAGUGGAGAAUUAACAGAGCAAGACGAACUGGAUUGUUCGGAGAGCAGCAGUGUGUCUGAAUUCGACUUGGAGCGCAGUGAGUCUUUUCCAAUAAGCAGUGAUUUUGUCCACUCGAUUGAAAACAAUGAAUGCUCUCAAUACAGCAUGGAGUCAAACAUUAGUGACCAAACUGUAACGGAAGAACAGGAACCAGAGGAGUUUCUUUUAUUUCAGGCUAUAGAUACUAAAAUCCAAGAGCUUGUUUUAUCAGACCUUGAAAUGCUUUAUGAGCAUGAUAUAGAAUCUGAACAACCUUCAGAGGACAGUAGUGAUGAAGGUUCUGAAGAAAUCAGUGUUUCAGAUUUUUAUGAGCAAUGCGGCGAACAAGAUCCAAAUGCCGAUCUUGAACUGGAUAACGAACCAUGCAGAUCCUUUGAACAAUGUAAGCUUAACAAUCAAAACAUGCCCUGUGAAUGCCAUACCACACAUUUUGAAUCCUCUGAAAUGUGCCAGGCCUUUAAAGAAAGCAUGCCAGCUGGACUCUCUGGGUCCCUUGAGCAGCAACCACCUGCUGGACAAACAGAAAACACAGAUGACGGUGAGUUAACUGCGGAAAACUGCCAUGGAUCCUGUACAGACUCAUUUGAGAGCUCCGUGGAAAGCCAGCUCUCUGAUGACUUUGCUGAACAGACUUUACAGAAUCAGAGCUUUGGCUAUUACACUGAACCAGACUAUAGCCAGCUGUCUUUAAAUGAAACUGAAAGUGUUAAGAUGCUAGAGCAAUGCUCAGGUUGCGGAAAAUACUUUGAGAAACGUGAAAUUGCUGAACAGUGCCAGCCCUUUGAGCAUGCUCAGAAUUCGGAAGACUCGCAACAAAGCGAAUCUUUAGAAAACUCCUCUGAAUCGUGUGAAGCUUUUGGAACACAGUGCUCUGUGUUUCACACCUCUGAACUCCCUAGAGAAAACCCUCCUACAGAACAUGACACAAAUGAGGUUAAAAAGCGGGCAGAGCGUGAUACGAUGUUCAUCAGAUCAAUGGAAACCUUUGAGGCUCGUUGGCUCUUGCAGUUUCUUGCUGUUGACGGUCACGUAAAGAAUACCUUUGAAAAGGAGGAAGUCGAGGACCUCAGUGUUGCAAUCAGUGGGCCAAGUGAUGAAUCACUCCCCUGUGACGAUGAUGGCGAAUCUGUAAUCGAACCCUUGGAUGCCUGUGGUGAGCCGAGGACGCUUUGUGGAGAGUGUGAAAUGAGAGAAAAUGCACAUUUAGAUUGUGACAUGCCUUCUGAGCUGUUUGAACUUUGUGAUGUUGACGCUGGAGCAUUCAACCAGGAAUAUGAUGAAAGCAAAGCCGGAGAGUCGGUUGUGAAAGCAGCGUCAAUAGAUGAAUGUAGCGAAGAGGAAUAUGUUGACUGUAUCGAUAGCAAAAGCCAAGGCAGUGCUGAAACAGAUGAGUCAUUUAAAAGUUUUAUUGAUGAGCCCGAGGAGAUCUAUCUUGUUCAAACCGAGGACAGCAAACCUAUACAUAAUCUCCCAGAGAAGGAUGAAUGCUGUACUACACUCAGACAUGAGGCUGUUGAUGACCUAGCUGAUGCCCCUGAUCCAUGUACACACGAUGGAGUAGAAGCACAUGAACAUACUCAGGAAUCCUGCUCUGAACCAAAAGCUUUAGAGAAAGAAAUAUAUAAAACAUAUGCAGAGGCCCUUUGCUCUGGACUAUGCACAGAAAUGGUUCAAAGCCCGAAACCCUGCCUUGAACACACCGUGCCCAUUGAUGAGGAAGAAUAUGGACCUGAAUUUAAUGAUGAAGAUACCUCAGCUGAUGAUGUGGAAGACCAGGACCCUGAAGUCUUCUUUGAAGAUGAAAAGGAUGUGGAAUCUCAUGAGGAAACGAUUGGGCUUGAUCUGUCUGAUGAGAGUGCUGGUGAAAUUUAUGAACUUCCUACUGUGGAUGAAAGAGAGAUUUACAAGAGACAUGCCUCGGAUCCCUGUUCUAUUCAGAGCGAAUGUCACGAAGAAGGAAUCUCUGCCCAUGAAACGUAUGCUGAACAUGACCGCAUUACAGAAAAUGAGUUCACCGAGGUUUCCAUACCCGUAGAAAAGGAAGUUGAACACAAUCUCGUUUCUGAGACAGAUCCAGAUCAAAAUGAAAGUGCAAAUAAAAAUGAAGCAUCCUCGUCUAACGCGAAUGAUGAUAUCCAGAUAAAAGAAGAAAAUGUGCCAGAAAAUGUAGAUGAAGCAGAGGAAGUUCAUGGACCUUGCUGUGGCGAGAUAGAAGCAUGUGAAGAUGUAGACACAUGUCUAUUUUCCUCUGAAGAGUUAGCUGAUGUUGAAAAAUGCAUUGAAUUAAAUGCAAGUGAAGAUCCCCAGAACGGCGCUCAAGACUUACUGAUUGUGCAAGAUGCCAUCGAGCCUCAACCCGACGAAGAGCCUCCCAAAGAUCCAGAGCCACCUGGGUGUUGUAGUGUAUCGCUAGAUCUAACCGAAACAACGGAGCAAAACAAUGAUUCUCCAUCUCAAAGUAAAUGUAGUGAAAAACUGGACGAAAUCGUACAUCAAGUCGUGCGAAGUAAAACGACCGAGCACAGUGAGCCAGACGACUUUUUUAAGCUAGCUGGUGAAAACGCAUCCUCUGAACAGAUCGAAGCUUCCGAGGACACAGAGGCCUCUGACGACGAGGAUUACCCCGAGUGCUGCGAUUGUGAAUUCUGUGUGCAGCCUAUAGAACAGGUGCCAGCUAAGCCACUCCUUCCCCAGAUCAAGUCUAAAGAUGUAGGAAAGAUUUGCGUAGUGAUUGAUCUGGAUGAGACGCUAGUGCACAGUUCAUUUAAGCCGGUGAACAAUGCUGAUUUUAUCAUUCCGGUGGAAAUUGAUGGAGCUGUACACCAGGUGUAUGUACUGAAGCGACCUCACGUUGACGAGUUCUUAAAGCGAAUGGGCGAAUUAUUCGAGUGUGUGUUGUUCACUGCAAGCUUAGCCAAGUACGCAGAUCCCGUGUCAGACCUGCUGGAUAAGUGGGGUGCCUUCCGCUGCCGUCUCUUUCGAGAAUCCUGCGUGUUUCAUCGCGGAAACUAUGUCAAGGACCUGAGCCGCCUGGGCAGGGACCUAAACAAAGUCAUCAUCGUGGACAACUCGCCAGCAUCAUACAUCUUCCACCCAGACAAUGCUGUACCCGUAGCCUCUUGGUUUGACGACAUGUCUGACACAGAGCUGUUGGAUUUGAUCCCAUUCUUUGAAAGACUGAGUAAAGUGGAUGACGUGUACGCUGUGCUCAAACAGCAGAGGACUAGCAGCUAGCGCGAUCAACGUAGCAGCUUUCACCACGGGGCCAGGGAGGCUGGCGGGGUUCGGAGCGCCACUUCCCUGCUACAUGGGAUCUGCCGCCGGCUCGCUCCUCAUCACCUACCCAGAAUUCCAUUCGCAGGAGGUUCGAAGGAGAAGCAUAAAGUUGAUGGAAACCUGGUAUGGCUAGAACAAUGGAACUGUGAAGGACUGCUUUAUCUCACACACACACACACA